AAUUUAAUAGUUCAAUUUUAUAGAGUAAUUGAAGUUUUAUUUUAUAUAAAAUUUAUUGAAUUAAUAUUUUUUAGUUCCUAAAUUUUGCUUUAUCCAUUAUAUAUAUAAUAUGUAUUAUCAAAUCAGCAAAGUAUUUAUUAUUUUAAGCAGUUUUGUUCUAGAAAUGGCUUUUCUUCCAACAAAAGAUAAAAAUAAUGAAACUAUUUUAUCAAUGGACGUUCUAGUAAAAACGAUGCGCAUACAACGCUCCAGAGAUGGCAUUGUGUUCCACAUCGGCGGCAAGAUUGAAGUUAAACCAAUGAACGUUUACUUUGAACUUAAAAAAUAUAUUAAUCAUAUGUUAAUUAAUGACUCUUUGAAUGAAGAUUAUGAAGAUAAUGUACUAAUGGCAAAAAGAAUUACAGAUCACACGAUAGUUAGAGCUAUGAUUCAGAACGAUAAGGUUUUAAUUGAAAAUAUACUAACAGAAUGUAAAGAAAUAGGAGAUGAUCUUAACUUUGUAGACUAUAUUUCUCAAUUGCGGAACAAAUUUAUUAAUAAAAUUUAUAAUCGAGACAGUUUGAAUUAUCCAGAAAAUGAAGAUGAAAUAUUGAGGAUUAUAUUUAAAUAUUAUUCUAAUGAUUCAGAUUUCGUCUCAAUGCCAGUAUUUUUAGAUUUUUUGAUAAAUGAAAAUAUUAAACUGGAUGAAAAGGAUAAAUUAUACGAUAAUACAGAUGACCAAUUAGACUUCAACAGUUUUUUUAAGUUGAUGAAACCCCAUUUGAAUGACUAUUUGCAUACACUGUCAUUAACUAAAAGUUUAACAAUACAAGAUAUUAUUGUUAGUUUGGAUUCUAAAUAUUUUAUUAUUACAAAAUAGAGUUACUAAUAAAAAUCUACUGAAAAAAUAAAAUAUAUUUAU